AUGCUUCGACGUGAAGCUAGUAGUCUCAGCUUCUCGUCUGUCUUGCCAGCAACGAACUUCCAGGACCUAAGUGCUCUCUUAUCACUUCUUGCUAGUGAUGCUGUAGAGCAAAAGUUGGGUAGUAAGCAAAGCUACGAUUGGGAACGCAUGUCUAGCGUCUGGUCUACCUUUGGAAUGAUUGGUGUCCUUCGGUUCUACCUGAAAUUUGCAGCUGGCCUCGCGAACGCGGAAAGGGCAGGCGUUACACUCUCUGGCACUGAAGUUUAUACAGAUCAACGCACGGAUACGGCGUUGUGCUACUGGGGAGUUAACAGACCGAACGAGCGGAUAACAUGGUGGGCGUCCGCACAUGAGUCCCUGGCUCUCAUGCAAUCCUAUACCUCGGAGUCGGCAUGGUUACGACCUAUCUUCAUCGCUGUUGGCUCCACAAAGUGCCCGUGGAGCUGGCGAAGUGUCCGAUGUAUCAUGGAAGUUAUCGCCCCUGUCUUGUGGGCAUUUAUCUCACUGGCUAUCACGACUAUUCCGACUAUCAUUUUAUUUACAUCGUUACAUGAGCUAACAGACUACGAAAUUGGCACGUUAUGCCUUCAGGCCUCCGUCAGCAUAUUUUCAGGAACGAUUAUGCCAAUCCUAAUCGACCGACUCAAUGGGUCGGGGAUUGAUGACCUUGGAGAACUAUAUCACGAUCGCCUGCAAAAUAAGACUGCUCCGCUGAUUCGAGAUGGUGAUCGAGUCAUGGCACAGUAUAACAUCAAAAAAGAGGUGCACAUUAUGUGGCAAACACCGCGAAUAGAAGGCCAAAGACAGAGCGGUGAUCUGUGGUGGAUACGCGUACUGUGCGCUUUCAACUGUGUUAUCGUGCUUGGAGGAUAUCUUGGGAACUACGUAGCCUUGGGCAACGCUGAUCAAAAUCGUCAGUAUAUUUGGCUGGGAUCUCAAGUCUUCAUCCUAGCUUUCCGAUAUGUCCUUUGGUCUCGACGACCCUUCCCAUCCCCUCAUAGACCACUUAGCCUCCUCUACAUCGCAACAGGAUCUAUAGUAGAUCCUCUGCCAGCAACUCCUCCUCCCGAGCGCGUCCCUGCGUCUUCCCCGGGAAAGCUUACUCUGGAAGUCGUAAGUUAUGCAAUGGCGGCAGUCCACAGUAAAUUCGCGAAUCAAGGAUCCCCAUCAAACCGCAUUCGAGGCGAACUUCUCACCAGAAUGGCCAAUACUGUCCCAUCAGAUAUAAUAUCUGUUGAAUAUGUUCUCCUCGAUGAUUACUUCUAUGGAAAGCAAGAGUAUAGCAAGAUGACUGUCUUACGGCUUUCGUGGGCAUUUGUGGAGGAAUGUUACAUGGCGCAAGGAGUGAUAUUAGGCCCUAAUCCAUGGGCGUUUGGAGGUCUAUUCCUCGGCGCUGUUUUCCUUGACAAUGACUUCGUCGGAUUGACCACGAUCCACCCAUCCCAGCUACACUUCGACAGCUGCGCUGAUAAACAAUGCGCUUCAAGACACGACGACUAUCGACAAGGAGGAUUUACUCGAGAUGGUUAUUAUGUAUCAGAUUUAGUUGGAGGCACCGUGGUCAAAUUUGUCGCUCCUAGCGAGAACAACGUCUGCGCAUGGCACGAUUCCUUCAGAGACAAUAUUACUCGCUGUAGGUCGACAGCAAAGGCCAAUGGACCAUCAUACAUUGAGGUUCAUGCAGCAACUUCAAGCCUGAGAAAUAGAAACGGUCGAACAGACGUAUCAAGGGUGGAACCGAGACUCAACUACGAUUUUAUUCAAGCCAGUUCCCUGCAGGCGCGUACCAAAGCGCACGACAGCUGUCCUAAAAAUGUGUGCGAGAUCUACACGUUUGGAGACCUAUACCUUCGGAAAGGACAAAAUAAAGAUGGUCGAUUUAGAGAAUUUAUGAAAGUGAUGAAACCUUUAACACGAACUUAA